UGCUUAUUCAUUCCUGAUUAUAACUCCUAAUCUCAUUUUCUUUCUAGAAAUAAUCCCAUGAAAUAGAAAUAGAAAGUGCCCCAUCCACGUUUAUUUUCAAUUCCGCUGGUUAGUGGGUUUGGAGGGCUCCAUCUUGCAUCUGCUUGGCUGCUCAUCUGGUUUGACACACAAACCAUGAUCACAGCAACCAAACAGAGCAGAGAGAAUCAAGCGGAGUGGCACUUAAAUUGAAUCUUUAGGAGCGCCACAAUCAGCAACGCCGCCAUAUCAUCACGCUCUUACUUCACUGGCCCGUCAACCCCCCUUGGCAGCCAAAAAAAAAAAUCUUCCCAGAAUCUUCUUCUUUCUUCUUGGAAAUGAAUAUGGUUGAAAAGCACAGUAGCAAGACCUCCAUGGCCUGACAAGCAGCUCCACCGCCAAAGAAUCAAGAAUCAAUUUCACCGAAAACAGGGUUUGGUAAAUCACAACCAAUGUCAGAAGGCAAUCACAGUCUUUCCAAACCAGAGCUUCUACAACCCUCAGAAUCUCGUCUCCAACAGAUCCUAAACUCGUUAUCCAAAUCAGUUGAAGGAGGAGAUGAAGACCUUGACCAAUCUCGAAGCUCGGUAUUGGAUUUAAUCGACUUCCUUAAUUCAAUAUCAGAUGCUGCUCUAUCUUACCCAGAAAACGGAAAUGCACAAAACACUGCCUUUGAAGUUCUCUCCCAAGUUUAUCAAUAUAUAUGUUCUCCUUCUACAGACCAGGGAAUUCUUGAUGUGCUUUCUUUCGAGUUGCCUAAAGCAGCUGCGAGGUUUGCGGAUAUCUCUGAUAGAUGCUUGGAGGUUGCUGGCAAUGUGAUUGAUCGGUUUGUUUCCAUGUGUAGUCCUCGAGACAUGCUUUCCGUUCUUUGCGAUGCAUUAGAUUCCCCAAGUGAAACAAUCAAGGUUUCUGGUUAUUUUACUCCUCUUCUAACUGGGCUUUCUAAAGUGUUUCUUUCCAUACAGAGGCGUCACUUUGAGCAAGUAAAAGUUGCAGUUCCUGUUAUCCUUAAAGUUCUGAAGGCAAUCUCUUUUGAGUCAGAUGUCAAAGAUACAGAAUUAGAGGACCUUUUUGACGCAGCUCUUGGCAUUGCCACUUCAAUACAUGCCGUUUGUACAAAGUUGGAGGGCAUAGUAAAUGAAAAACUCCAUGCUCUACUUGGUCUUUAUGUCCUGCAAAUCAUGGCUCUUGUUUCAGUUUGUAUAGGCUAUAAAGUUUUAAGUUCUGCCUUGUUGCCACAAUUGUCAAGUUUCUUUCCAUAUUGUGGUUUGUCUUAUCUUGGUUUAAUAACUGGAUCUGAUGUUGACAGAAUGACUAGCAUUGCUAUUGGAGAGGAUGAAGAAGAUUAUAUGAGUUAUUUAACCUAUGUCAAACAUGGUGCAUCGAUUUCAGUCAUUUGGGGCCAUAUAUCUGAUGGAGCUGUCAUAGCUGCUAAGGAGAAUUUGAUUGCUGUCAAGGAUGAACUUCGAAAUGACCAGACUAAAAGGUGGCAAGCUAUUGGCAUGUUAAAGCAUGUAUUUGCUUCUCUUAGUCUUCCAUGGAAAUUAAAAGAGCACGCGAUCGACUUCUUGCUUUGCAUUAUGGAUGGAAAUAUCUCCCAGAUGUAUAAUGAUGAAGACACUGACUACUCAUCAUACAUGCCUAGUCUUUUUGCUGCUCUGAAGGCUGUUCAAAGGGUCAUCAUGGAUGCAUCAGAUACAUUGCAAAGGAGAAAAGCUUUUGAUGCAUUCAGAAAGGUACUUGCUGAUAUUCCUACUUCUCAGAGGUUUGACAUUUUAAAAGCUUUAAUCACUAAUAGUAACUCUUCCUCUAUGAUAGCAAUCCUUUUAGAUAUUGUCAAAGGGGAAAUGCACAUGGAAAUUUGCAAAAGAGAAAAUGAUAUAACUAUAGACACACAGAAUCAAGUAAAGCAUCGUACAUUCUUUUGGACUGCCAGUGUCCUUGAAUUGGUGGAGUUGGUUUUGAGGCCCCAAAAGGGAGGACCUCCAUCCCUUCCUGAGCAAGGAGAUGCGGUUCUAUCUGCACUCAAUCUAUAUCGAUUUAUAUUAAUAACGGAGUCCACAGGAAAGACAAAUUACACAGGAGUAUUGUCCAAAAGCAAUUUGCAGAAGACCUACAACGAAUGGCUUUUACCUCUUAGAACCCUGGUGACGGGCAUUAUGGCAGAGAGCAAGAGUGAUUGCGAUCAACUCGCAGUAGACAUUGUUUGUAGCUUAAACCCAGUUGAAUUAGUUCUGUACAGAUGUAUUGAGCUUGUUGAAGAAAAGUUGAAGCACUCUACAUGAGUUGUCACCUAUAUGUAGUAUAAAAUGGUAGAGAUGGUUAUGUCCUUGAAAUUUUUAUCAUGUAAGGAAAAAUAUUUGGAUUUUGGAAUAGACAGUCUCAACUUCUUUAA